GGGGAGGGCUCGCUCCAUCUCCAUCGCGCCCACCGAAUCCACUUCUCACAGCGCGCGGGCUCCUGGCGGGAAGGCACAAGAGAGCAGAGAGAGAGAGGGAGGGAGUGUGUGUGCGCGUCUGAGUGCGUGCGUGGAUUGCACCACCGCAUCCCCGUUUUCACCGUUUCUGCAGGCGUCCAUGGUCUGGUUGAGAGGAUGAACACGGAAAGCUUCUCCUUCCGCUCGGGUGUUUGCAGCGCCCUGUCAUCCCAGAUGUGACCGUUUUGUGACGCCUGCACCGAGUCGGGAGCCGUUCAUCUCGGAGACACCGUGACACCAUGGCUUUGGUUAUGGAACCUAUAAGUAAAUGGACACCAAAGCAGGUGCUGGACUGGAUGAAAGGUCUGGAUGACUGUCUCCAGCAGUACAUUAAGAGUUUUGAGCGGGAGCAAAUGGGAGGAGAGCAGCUGCUACACAUCACCCAUCAGGAGCUGGAGGAGCUUGGUGUCACCAGAAUAGGGCAUCAAGAGCUCAUCCUAGAAGCUGUCGAUCUUCUUUGUGCUCUGAAUUAUGGCCUUGAGACAGAAAAUCUUAGAACUCUGUCACACAAGCUGAAUGCUUCAGCCAAGAACCUCCAGAACUUCAUCUUGGGCCGACGGAGGGGCGGCCAUUACGAUGGACGAGCCUCCAGACGGCUGCCCAAUGACUUCCUCACGUCGGUGGUGGAUUUAAUCGGUGCAGCCAAAAACCUGUUGGCCUGGCUUGACAGGUCUCCAUUUGCUAGUGUGACAGAGUAUUCGUUGCUAAAGAACAACAUCGUGCAGCUCUGCCUAGAGUUGACCACCAUUGUCCAACAGGACUGCACUGUGUAUGAGACAGAGAACAAGAUCCUUCAUGUGUGUAAGACCUUGGCAGGGAUAUGCGAUCACAUCAUCUCUCUGUCGUCAGACUCUCUGGUCUCACAGUCGGCCCAUUUGGAGGUGGUCCACCUUACCAGCAUCAUGCCCAACGAGGGACUGGGGAUGUACAUCAAAUCAACAUAUGAUGGACUUCAUGUCAUCACAGGAACCACAGAGAAUUCUCCGGCAGAUCAGUGUAAGAAGAUCCACGCAGGGGAUGAAGUGAUCCAGGUCAACCACCAGACUGUGGUGGGAUGGCAGCUGAAGAACUUGGUAAACGCCCUCAGAGAGGACCCAUGCGGAGUCAUCCUCACGCUGAAGAAAAGGCCCCAGAAUACGCUGAGCUCCACACCAGCUCUGCUGAGGAACGUGCGCUGGAAACCGUUGGGCCUGCAGCCGGUUCCCACCAGCCCGACCAGUUCUUCCCCCACGCCCGGUGGAACACUGGGCAUGUCCAAAAUGGAUGCCCCCAGCAUGCAGGACGUCUAUAUCCUCUCUCCUGUCUCUGGACUCUACAGCACCAGGGAGGAGAUGGGUCUAAUGUCAUGUGACGAUAUCAGUCGCUACAACAUGAGCUCCCAAUCUGGCUCUAAAGGUUCAGAGGCAGUCAGCUAUUUUCUGGAUCAGGACAGCGGUCAGUACUUCUCAUUGCUGGAAGGGGAUGGACCUCCGGGGCCGGACUACGACCGAAGCCGCAAUACAGGCGUGCGGCGGCGAGACAAGACCCCAACCCAUGGUGACCUAAGACCAGUUUCCAUGCCUCCUGAAUAUAAUUGGAUGGGAGAGGCGAAGGAACCCAGCAUGGGCAAAAGAGGGAGCAGAGACUCAGACAACUCCCUGCUGCGCUACCUUAGUGACGACAAGAUCCUGGUUAUCGAGGAGGAGCCUGAGGGUCCCAGCAGGGAGAGCCGGCGGGAUUCCACCAGGCGCUCACGCCGCAAGAGCCGCAAUCCCAGCAGCCCCAGCUUUCCCAUCAGCCCUUCCAUGUUGUCUUCUACUCUCCGACUUGACCAGCCGCCAGAGCCUCUGCCUCGAGGAGCGGACACAUUGCGAACUGACACAAUGGACCGAUACUCAGGUUCAGGAAGCUCAGGGGGUGCAUCCAUGAGAAAGUCUUUUCAUUACACAUCUUUAAGAACAAAAACCAAAAGGAGAAGUAAAGGUUCCCUCACUAGUGCCAGUAGAAGGAGAAUCUCCUGUAAGGACCUUGGCCACGGUGACUGUGAAGGCUGGCUGUGGAAGAAAAAAGAUGCAAAAGGAUACUUUACCCAGAAAUGGAGGAAGUAUUGGUUUGUCCUUAAAGAGUCUUGCCUUUACUGGUACACCAACCAAAAUGAUGAGAAGGCUGAGGGCUUCAUCAGCCUCCCCGAGUUUAGAAUAGACCGAGCCAUCGAGUGCAGACGGAAAUUUGCUUUCAAAGCCUGUCACCCCAAAAUCAAGAGCUUCUUCUUCGCCACAGACUGCCUGGAGGAAAUGAACAGGUGGAUGAACCGACUGGGACUUGCCGCUAUUGGGUACACCCCAGACGACAAAGUGCCACGCCCUGAUGAAGACUACUGGAGUGAGAGCGAUCAAGACGAGGUUGACGGUUCCAUGACGCUGAAACAGGAGGGUCCUUCGUCCCUUUGUGACACCUACCAUCGUACACCAUCAGUCAACUCAUCUAGCCCCUUCCCAGAACCCAAGCAUGGUCGGCACUUCUCCAGCGAGUCCACGCACUCCCACUCCUCAGCAGAAGACCAGCGGGGAGAGGGCAUGGGCAUGGGCACAGGAACGGGCAGCACCAGCACACACUCAUCGGGGUGCCGCUCCUCCCAUCGUGAGCGUCGCUCCUGGCAAGACCUCAUUGAGACGCCACUGACCAGUGCAGGGCUGCACUUCCUACAGACGGCGCCAGGGGAGAGCGACUACGGCGGCAUCAUGGGGGGCAUGGGAGGAGAGAUGGGGUUUUACGGAGGUCUGGGGAGGCAAGGUAUGUCCCCAGAGAGGCGCAGGCAGGCCACGCUGCCCGUACGAAGACACCAUGCAGCGGAGAGAGACAGGGAGCGGGACGGGCCCUUCCCUCUGGAGCGGGGCCCAUAUGCACACAGCCACACACACCGACGCUCCCACAAGCAGCGGAGCCAGAGUCUUCCCAGGAACAGGGACCCUAUGCCAGGAAAACUGCUCCACAAUGCAAUUCACAUGGAAGACAGGAGUGAAGAUGAAGAGGAUGAGGCGGCAGACAUGCUAGAGGGUCAGGAUGACCUGCAGGAGUUGAGAGUAGAGAGCAGAGAGAGGAGGGUGUCAGAAGGAAGGGAACGGCGAGUUUCAGAGGGCAGAGAUCCCGAAGGGUUGGACGGACUAGAACAGCUUUAUCGAGCCCUAGAGCAAGCCAAUGUGACGGCCCUGGGUGACCCCAAACCCUGCAGCAGACAGGAGUUUCGACGCUGUUUUACCCACAGAGCCAGAGACCCUCUGCUCAAUGACCGGCUCCACCGGAUCCGAGCCCUCCGCAGCACCUUGAAGGCCAAAGAGUCUGAGCUGGCUGUGAUCUGUGCCCUCCUGGAGGACCCCGGCUUGUGUUCGCAGACCUUCAGAGAGUGGAAGCAGUGGCACACCGAGCUGUACUCAGACAUCUGCCAGCUUAGCCCUGGCACCAACGGCCAGGACGAGCUCUCCCCGCUGGCGGCGCCGCUCAUGACCCACACCCACUCCUUCAUUGAAACACAUGUGUGAAAAAAAGGAAAGGAUGGGGAGCAAAGACACACUGAAACACCACACACUCCAGAGCUUUAUGAUAGCCCCAACACACAAACACACACAAAAACACGUGUAAGAUGUGUAAAUAUCAUAGAGGGAACAGUCUAACACCUGCGUGUAUGAACUUUUGAUAAUCCCGAGGACCCCGGAGGGUGUUGGUUGCAUGCCUGAACAGAAAGCAUUAAUCUUCCUUUGUCUAUGAAACAUGAAGUUCACCUGCUUGUUUAGCAAAACAAGAAAAAAAAGGAGACUUUAUAAAGAUCUUGUUUUUGGUUUAACUUUCCUAGUUUGGCUAUUUUUCUUUUAGGGGGGCAGGGGGAGCUAUGUAGCAGCAAUACAGAGAAGAAUCCUUUUCACCAUAACACUGUACUUUUGUACCAAUGAACUUUGCACCCAGAGCCACCAGUUCUCCCCCUCUCUUCCAGUCUUUUUCUGUUUUUCUGUCAUUGCAUAUCUCGUUGAUUUCCAAGGACCUUACUGUUAAUCCAGGCCGAUCUGUGAUGGGCAGUGAAAGACUGUGACAGGUAGCAAUCAGUGCUUCAGGAAUCAUUGAAGAAAAAAAAAAAACAACUACUGUUUUAAACUGUGAAGUGCCCAUAUUCCCAUGUUUUGCGUGCAGGUGCGGGGCUCCUCUCUUAUGCUACACUCACACCGACCUCACCAACAUGUGUUCAAGCUGCCACUUCCAAUGAGAAGUGUAUGUAAAUACGCGUUUUGGGCCUCUGCGUCCAAAAUUAUUGCAUUCACGCUUCGCUGCACAAGUCUUAAAGUCCGGUUUCUGGUUCUGUGUAAAAGCCACAUUCAUUGAACACGAGCUGAAGGUUCAAGUUGAAUUAUUGACUGAUUCAAUGCCAAACAGCUACAACUUAACCAAUCAGGAAGCCGGAUUUGGUAGUGACGUAAGAACAGUGUCCUUUUUUGUUCAUGGAAGUCCCAACUCUUUAAAAAUUGAUCAUGAAGGAUAAAUUAAUAAUUGCGCUUUGUGCCCGGUCAGAGUUAUAUGUCACCAAGUCUUUCAUAUAAUGGAUUAGAGCUGUGAAAUAAAAAGCACUGCUUUGAGAUUUCACACCAAGCCUCUUCCAACUGUGUGUACAUGCGCUGGUAUCGGGUAGUGACAGUCAAGUGUGAAUACCGUAUGCUAUUAACGCGCUUAUGAAUGCCCAUUUAGCUCGUGUUGCGAGUUCAAGAACGAAAAGUUUCAUCAACACGCUUGUAGGAUACGGUAUUUGAACCAGAUUAGAAAGGAGCAGCAGGGAGGGGCUUCUUCUUCUUCUGUUUUUUACCGUUUACUAGUGCUUGUCCACCGCCUACAGUUGGAAGAGGCUUGGUGCAAAAUUGCGAAGCGGGUCAAAUCUUGCUUCAGGCUUUUUCUUUCAUAGCUCACUAUAUGAAACACUUAGUGUCAAAUAAUACUAGCCGGGCAGAAACUGCAAUUAUUAUCAUGAUCAUUUUCCUAAAUGGUUGGUACUUUUGUGUUUUGAAAAGCACACUACUUAUACGUUACUACCAAAUCCGACUCCCUGAUUGGUCGAAUUUAAGAUUCUUCGCAUUUAACCACGCGAUGAAUGAACGUAAAGCCUGAAUACAGACUUAAAACACUGUAGCGACACAUGGACACACGAGUUUUGAACACGGAAGCCCUAAAGGCAGGUUUACAGACAUUUCCGUAGACUUUUCAUUAAAAGCGGUCAUUCGAACACCGGUUCUUGUGGCCGGUGUGUGCAUAACUUUACAGUGCACUUCUGCAUUUGUUGGUUGUUUUCCAUCCCUAUCUUCUUUGCAUCCUUUCCCUUUUUAUUCCCUUAGCCCUUCUAGUCUUCACGGACUUGUUCAUAUGUGCAUACCGCUGUGUAUACGAUGUAAAUGUUUGCGUUCCACUACCACUGUGAUAUGCUUGUAGAGGUAGCGGAGGGAAAAAAUGGAGAGUUUGCAAGACGAUUCCUUCUUUCGUUUUUGCUUCUGUUCCUUAAAACAGCGAAUGCAAAGGAGUCACUCACUACAAAGAAUGCACUUUCUAUAUAUCUCAUUGGCUGCAUCACAGGGUCUAUGUCUCAUCAGCCUCGAUACCAUUGCUGUUAAAUAUCAGGUAAAUGCAUUUGCCGUCUCAUUUUCUAAAGAUUUGUGUACAGCCUACAAAUAUAUUUAAACAUAGGAGAAUAUAUUAAAUCUAUUUACGUUUUUGUGUCAUAGAUAUAAUGUAAAGUAUGAUGUAUUCUAUGCCAAGGUUUUGCAGUGUCCCCCCUCUUCACUCUGUAGAUGCAGGAUGCUCAGCAGUUGAGCAACUAGGAGGCGAACGACAACCACCACUGACAGCUGAUUGACGGUUUUUAAAUGGUUUGUGCCACGGCUGAUGCUUCUCCUGGUUUGCAUGAAGAAAGACCCCGAAGUGGUUUUUCUAAAUGGGUGAAAUACUGUGGAUGUUUUUUUUUUUUUUUUAAAUCAUAAACGUGUGCAAGAUAAUCAGACUUGUAGCGCAGCAUUCAUGCAAAAGUACUGUUGAAGAUUUUUUUUUCUUUCUUUUUUUGUUUUUGUUUUUUGUGCUCACAGGUUUUUUUCUUUUCCAGAAGUGUUCAACGACACACACUGUACAACAGCUGAGGUUUGUCCCUCAGCUUCUUGAACUGAUCCAGAUCCUUCGUUAGCAUCCGCAUGGGACCGUUUCUGUUUGUGAGGAAAAUAGGCUUCAACAUUGCAGACACGUGAAGGCAGUUCGCUCUGAAGCGAAAGCUAUCGUGACAUUUCCUCCCAGCAUGCAGUUACUGCUGGGUGGCUGAAGACCUGCUAAAGGGUCUAUGGUGUCUGGGAAAGCCAGAUGAAUCAUUUCAUCUGCAAUAUAAGGCCAAGGACUCAACGGUGCCACCUAGUGUCUAAGACUGAGAGACAUGUAUUACCUGCUGCACCACAUUGUACUGGUUUCUUCAUAUUUUACUGUAGUUUUGUGCAGACUUUUUUUUUCUUCAUUGUCAAACUAAAACUUUCAAAAAAACCACAGAGAUCAUGUGUUGUGAAUGGUUUGUUUGUUUGCUUGAAAGUACCACAAAGAAACUAAACGAUGCAAGCACCUUCCCUGUGCCUCCCAACCCUCUCUUUUCUGGCUUUCCAACAACCAACACUCAACGAGUUCCAGUCUGCAGUUUUUCAUCUGUAGUGUUGGUCUUCUACUCUCCAGCAGCUGCUCUGCUGAGAAAGCCACAUACUGUAGACUAAAGACUUUGGAGAGUUUUCAUUUCCAGACACCGGCUGUGUUAAUCCCUCCCAGAUCUUUGCGUGCAUAUAGACCUGCAGAAACAGGCCGAAAAGGGAGAUCCCACUGUGUGUUCUUUCAGGGGUGUACACCUCAUGGUACAUUGCACAGGUGUGUAAGAUGUAAGUUGCACUGCGACAUUAAAAAAAAGGAACAUAUUGCUCUUUUUUAAUGAUUAUAUUAGCUUACUGUUAUUCUGUAAAUUAAAUUGACUUAAAAUGAAAUUAAAGAAAAAUAAAAAGAAAAUGACAUUUAUUCUUCCUAAAGUAGCCUUUUAUGGUUUCAUAUAUAUGAAUAUAUAUUACGAAAAAAAAACACAGAUUGUAAACCUAAGUUGUUAAAAAUUGACUUCAAUAAACGGAAUCCUCUGCACUAUGA